GCUCGCCCGCCCGGGGCCGGCGGGGCCGGAGCGCGGGGAUGGAGCCCCGGACCGGGCCGCAAGACACAGUGGACUGAAGGCGAACCGUUUGGAUCCAGGAGCCGAGCCUAAGGGACUCAAGUGCUUUUUGCUCCCGGAGACGGAUGCCCCGCGAGCCUUGGGACAUGGCUCACUUGAGGGAAUUCGCCAACCAGCACUCCCGGGUGGACCCAGAGGAGCUAUUCACCAAACUAGAAAGGAUUGGAAAAGGAUCGUUUGGAGAAGUGUACAAGGGGAUUGACAAUCGCACCAAGGAGGUGGUGGCCAUCAAGAUCAUUGACCUGGAGGAGGCAGAGGACGAGAUCGAAGACAUUCAGCAGGAAAUCACCGUGCUGAGCCAGUGCGACAGCCCCUACAUCACUCGCUACUAUGGCUCCUACUUGAAGAGUACCAAGCUGUGGAUUAUCAUGGAGUAUUUGGGAGGCGGUUCAGCGCUGGACUUGCUGAAGCCGGGCCCCUUGGAGGAGACUUACAUCGCCACUAUCCUGCGGGAAAUUCUCAAGGGUUUGGAUUAUCUGCAUUCAGAGAGGAAGAUCCACCGGGACAUCAAAGCUGCCAACGUGCUGCUUUCUGAACAAGGGGAUGUGAAGCUGGCAGACUUUGGCGUGGCUGGACAGCUCACAGACACUCAGAUUAAGCGAAAUACCUUUGUGGGGACUCCCUUCUGGAUGGCACCCGAGGUUAUCAAGCAGUCAGCCUAUGACUUUAAAGCAGAUAUUUGGUCUCUUGGCAUUACAGCCAUCGAGUUAGCCAAGGGAGAGCCGCCGAACUCUGACCUCCAUCCAAUGAGAGUUCUCUUCCUCAUUCCUAAAAAUAACCCUCCGACUUUGGAGGGACAUCACAGCAAGCCCUUUAAAGAGUUUGUGGAGGCCUGUCUCAACAAGGAUCCCCGAUUUAGGCCAACUGCUAAGGAAUUACUAAAGCACAAGUUUAUCACUCGCUACACCAAGAAAACCUCAUUCCUAAUGGAGUUGAUCGACCGAUACAAGCGCUGGAAAUCCGAGGGCCACGGAGAGGAUUCCAGUUCUGAGGAUUCUGACAUUGAUGGUGAUGCUGAGGAUGGAGACCAGGGUCCAAUCUGGACGUUUCCCCCCACCAUUCGCCCAAGCCCCCUCAAUAAACUGCACAAAGGAAUGGCUCUCAAUGGGUCGCAGAAGUCAGCCGAGCCCAUCAAACGGCAGCCAAGAUCUCAGUGUCUCUCCACGCUCGUCCGGCCCGUCUUCGGGGAGCUCAAAGACAAGCACAAGCAGACCGGAGGCAACGUCGGCGCCAUGGAGGAGCUGGAAAACGCCUUCAGCCUGGCUGAGGAGUCCUGCCCUGGCAUCUCUGACAAACUCAUAGCACAUAUGGUGGAGCGGGUUCAGAGGUUUUCACACAGCAGGAACCAUCUAACUUCGACCCGCUGAGGAGGAUUCCUGCUGCUUUUCCGUGGGGAGGGGCCGGUUUUUUUUUUCAGCUUCAUAAGAACUACAUGUUGAAACAAACCACCACCAUGUGCUGCUGGAUGUCACUUUGUGCUAUGGACUCUAGGACAUUUCAGAACUUUAGGUUCAUCAUGUCUCCAUGCCAACAAGGGUUGGGGGUUCUCUGUGUAAGUAUAAUAUGGUCCUUUGGAGGACCCGUGUGCAUGGUCUGAUUAUCUUUUUACACCUUAUUCCAGGGAGUUUCCAGUGGAUAUCGUACUUUUUUGAAGGAAGGAAGGAAGUCGGUACCUUCUGUGCUUUCCACGAGGAAGCGUGGUCUCGUCAGCAGACGGGAACGGUGUGAACGCAGGGGUCUAGGCAGAAGCUCCUGCUUUUCCUCACACUCCAGCCGUCGGCUGGGAGAAAGAGCCCCUGCCCAACCCUGCGUUGGCACCAAAAGCAUUUGGCUUCAGUUCCCACUUGUAGGGUGGCGGAGUGGGAAGGACAGGCAGAGCUGUUCCCUUCAUCACUCAUUUAAAGGAUGAUGGGUUAAAUGGGGGGGCCCUGCUUCCCUGAGUGGUUUACGGCCACACAGGCUAGUUAGAGAGUAGCACCAGAGUGCGAUCCCAAAGCCCUGCCUUCUCCCCUUCCUCCCUCCCCUAGGGCCAGGGGGAAAGAUGGCAUUUCCUCUAGGCCUUGCUGCAGGGGUUCUCUGAUUGGAGUGCACAUGAGCCAUGAAGGGCUUUUGACAAGCCCCACUAACCGUGCACUCGAGAGUGAGACUGUGAGCCCACUGUUGGGUAGGGACUGUCUCUAUGUGUUGCCAGCUUGUACUUCCCAAGCGCUUCGUACAGUGCUGUGCACACAGUAAGCGCUCAAUAAAUACGAUUGAUUGAUUGAAAGGUCAGGAAGAGGCCCUUACCUGGGCAUCAAGCUGAAAGAUGCCAAACCCCCUUCCCCAAGGCUGAGGCUGUCCUCGGUUCCUAAAAGACAGUAAACUCAAAGUCACUGUACAGCUCAGGCGGACAUGGUGCCUGAGAAUGCAGUUUGUCCCAACUGCUCCGUGGGUCUUGGGCCUCCAAGAAAGCCUACCUUUUCUCCUCAUCCUCUCAGCCUUAAGUGGAAUCCAGUUAGCCAAAGCCAAGCCUUGCCCUCAACGAGCUGUCUCUGGGGCUGCUUUACUAACCUGUGCAACAACAUCAUGCCCAUCACCUAGGUUAACUGGGGGCCCCCCUCAGUGCACCAACUGCAAAAAAACCAAAUCAAAACAAAGGCUGUUUAACAAUGAACUCGAGUGCUGGAUCUUUUUCAUCUCAAAGGUCUGAAGCCAUAGUCUACCUUCACCAGAGUAAGCCCGUUCUUUCCCAGGCUGAAGGUAGGAAGGAACAGAUGUGGCGAUUUACAUAGGAAUCAGGCUGGAAGGCCUCAGGUUGAUUGGUGUGAGCAGCCAGUAGCAGGAGGAUGGACCCAGGUGUGUGGCAGCGUGAUGUGGGAAGACAACAGAAAGCUCCCCUGCCAGUUCUCCAACUUUAUAGUGUUCAUGAUGGUGGUAGACUUGCCUGUGUGAUAUUUAAUCAGGUACCUUGUAUUCUUCAUUGGCACCUAAGUUGUCGGAAAUGAUUUUUUUUUUUUUUUAGAGAGUAAAACGUUCAUCCGUUUCCUCCGGUAUUCUGGGACAAAAGGUUUUAGUUUUUAAAGAUCGUUGAAAGGGACCUGCCACUUUCAAUAAAGAAAUGAACUGAAUCUGGU